AUGAACUUACGAUCACCUUUGAUUCAGAAAGUGACAGUAAAUCAAUGGUAUCGCGUUGAAGUCUUCCUUGUUAAUGAAAUUGGAUUAUUCAAAAGGGCUGAUAUCGAACCAGAUGGUUGUAUUUAUCUUGGUUGUGAACUUCUUGUACCUGCGUCAUCCGAAUCCCUUACACCCUUGAAGCUUGAUACUACUUGUAACUUGACUAUACGCGCAACUACUUGGUCUGGUACUGACACGACUUUAUUAUCCAAUACUAGUAUUCCCGGUUUUUUUGCGAGUGGAAAAGGUUCUUUUGAAUAUACUAUUACACCAAAGAAGAAUCAAGAAAAAGUCUAUGAAUGUGGACCACGCUAUCUUCGAAUCUAUUGUCAAAGUGUGGAAAACUUCCCUCAACAUCGAAAACAAGAUGAGGCUGACAACAACAAUAAUAAUAAACUUGAUGAUUGGAUAUUACCUUUAGUAGUGGGACCUAUUGAAUUAUCGAAUGACUCUAGUGUAGAUAACAACAAUGGCAGCACAAAUGCUACUGUCGAAACUUGGCCAGAAAAUACACCCAUGGUCCAUUCUGCUUACCGUCUGUUUUCCUCUGCUACAGCUCAUGAACUUGACAAUAGUGACGAUACUACUACUACUACUACUUUUAAUGUGGCCAUCCAUGAAUCUUGGGAAAGUGGUAUACCUGGAAAGAUUUGGGAUUCUGCUUUGGUGAUGCUGCAAAUGCUUGAACGCAUGGUUCAAUAUAAACCAAACUAUCUCAAUGGAAAGCAUGUUUUGGAUCUCAGUGCUGGAACUGGAUUAUUAGGAUUGUCAGUUGCCAAGAAUGCUAAACCUUCAAAAGUCACCAUCACCGAACUUGACGAAGCUGUUGAUCUGAUCAAAAGCAACAUAUCACUGAACGAUUACCUGAACAAGAAAUGUAACGAUCUACAAGUCCGAAAAUUACUAUGGGGAGAUGACAAACAAGCUCAGGCAUGUGGGAAGGCAGAUAUGAUCUUGGCAUCUGAUGUACUUUAUGAAGCAGAGUUUUUUGAAGAUCUGAUAAAAUCAUUCGUAGAUCUAUGCAAUCAAAAAGAAGAUGAUGGUGGAAAGAUAUUUAUUGGUUACAAACGACGCGGAUUUGAUGCUCAUGAAGAAAUACGAUUUUGGAAUUUGUGCCGACAGUACUUUGAUGUGACUUUGUUGAAUGAACAUCCAUCUGAUGAAGAUGCUUGCUUGGUCCCUCCUUUGGCUUUCAAAUCUGGUGUGCAACUUUAUAGACUGACUCCUUCCUUAUAG